AUGGACUCUCCAGCAUGGCAAGUCGAAGAGAUGACGAUCACAAAACUCCAUGAACUACUCCGUGUCGAUCCGACCAUCGGCCCGGAGCUGGUAAACCAUUAUCUCUCAACAAUCAAACGGCAAGACGGCACCCUUAAAGCCCUCAUCGGCAUAAACAACGCAGCCCUAGAAACCGCCAUGGAAAAAGCCACAGAAACACUCACAUUCAACCAAAGAAACAGAACCUACCCACCAUUACACAGCGUGCCCAUAAUCCUAAAAGACAACUACUGCACAACAGAUCUACCAACAAGCGCAGGCGUGAAAGCCCUUCGAAACCUGCGCACAAAAGCCGAUAGCGAAGUAGUCUCCCGGCUACGCGCCGCAGGAGCAAUUAUCCUAGCAAAAGCUAACCUCCACAAAUUCGCCCUGCAGGGAAUAACUCUCUCCUCGCUGGGCGGACAGACGCUGAACCCAUACGACAAGACCCGCACACCGGGCGGAUCCUCCGGUGGGACAGGCGCAGCGCUAGCGGCAAAUUUCGGGCUCGCGGGGUGCGGGACAGACACGAUGAACUCGCUGCGGUCGCCUGCGUCUGCGUGCGGGGUUGUGGGGUUCCGGCCAUCGACGGGAAGAGUAUCUUGUGUUGGGAUUGUGCCUGUUUCCCAAAGGCAGGAUAUGGCUGGGCCGAUGGGGAAGAGUGUUGGGGAUGUGAGGAUUUUGUAUGAGGUUAUGAAGGGGCCGGAGGAGGUGAAUGGGGACUUUGUGCAAGAAUCUAAAAUGAAACGUGGUCGUCAAGUUCGAAUCGGAGUGUUGGAGGCUUAUUUCCACCCUGAAAUCCAAGCCGAGGGAAGUGUUCAAUCGGAGCAUAUCGCCGAGAACCGGAUCGUGCAGGACAUAAUCCGGUCGAGUUUGGAUUCUAUCCAGGAGCAAGAUGCGGAUUUCAACUUAGUAUCUGUUGCCCCAUCGAGUCAUCCAGACUGGAGUUAUGGAACCCUGUUUGCGAAGGGGGAUACACAGGCUUUUGAGUUUAAACAUUAUCUCGAUGAGUUCCUACAGUCGCCAUUGGUUUCAUCAACACCGCACCGAUCACUGAAAUCUAUUGCCCAGAGCGGCGAGUUCGAUCUACAAGCUAUGACACACGUUUUCUCAGCAGCACUGCAGGAUCCUGAGACGUUUUCACUGACGAGCGAGGCGUAUCGAAGCCGACUGGAAUAUGUUGCUGCUCUUAAAGAGUCUGUGAAUCAAUGUUUCGAGAGGUACGAUAUCGACGCGCUGGUAUAUCCGCACCAGAGACACCUCCCUGUAAAAAUUGGCGUGAAGAAGCAGUCUGGACGGAAUGGUGUCCUGGCUGCGUUGACGGGGAGGCCUGCUAUUUGUAUUCCAGGUAGGUGUUAUGUUGAACUAAUGGGGAUGACAGCUGGGCGGAGCCCUCAGACUGCGUCUGCCGUGCUUGGUAUUCCUAUUGGGUUGGAGCUGAUGGGCCGGCGUUGGGGAGACGAUGAAUUGCUCGAAAUUGCGGAGCGGGCCGAGGGGAUCCUGAAGGGUAGAGUGGCACCCGCCCCAUCUUGA